CAACCAGGAGACACUCUAAACAACCUUAUACUGUCUCGUCUCGACGACGACGGUGAGCGCCAACGUUGGUACUUUGCGGCAAUCGGGCUCGAACGGCAACGAGACGACGCGCGAAGCGACAAAGGCAGACAGAAAAAGGGGCCAGCAGCCUCAGCCUCAUACACUGCACCCACCUGCGCCACCUCACCGCCGACGGCGUCCUCGCUUGCUCCGCUCCCAGCUUCGCACCGAGAUUUCCAGACUGCUCAUCACGACAUGCUCCACGACCUCUUAUAGCAUCAACACCACCAAGAGCAUACAUCUCAACAACCUAGGGCACCACAGACACGCACUGGGCGACGUGUCCAAGUUUGCCAUCUGCCCACAGACUCUCGACGACCUCGCCCCGGUCCAUCACUCCGUCCCCUAUCACUCUCCACAUCAAUGCCUCCGGCCAACGGUUCAAACGGCACAAACGGCCACGCUACAAACGGCCUCAGCGUUCGCCCCCCGCCGUCGGCGAGCCCGCUGCCGGCGAGCCGUGACUCGCGCUUCGAGUCGGCACAGGACGCAGACGACAUCUACGCUCUCUACGGCCGCGACUCGUGGGUUGAGACGCCGGAAUCGCACGGCUCGGUGCACGUCGUCCCUGGACCAGUGGUCAACGGGGCGAUUGGCACAGGGUACGCUCGCAGUCCGUUAAGAGAGGCGUCUGGCACCGAGAUCGAAGAGCUAGACGGCUCCGGGAGCGACAUGUCGGAAUCGACACGGGCGCAUGACGACGGCGAGCAGGCUUAUCGGAUCGAGAUCGACGGGCACCAGGACGCGGAAGAGGAGCAAGGGGCACAGCAGAGUACACAACAGCAUGCCGGGUACCACACGCCACCAGAUAACGGGGCUCCCGCACUUGUGUCUUUCCCCGCCUCACCGACACAGCCGGCACAGGCGCCGCCUUCUGCGAUCCCGGCACAUCUCAAGGUCAACACUGCUUCCAUGCCCGACAGGUCGAGCUCGCUGUCGCCCCCUGGCUCUACAGGCGGUUCGCCUGUCCACCCGUCCAUCACGCGCGUCGCAGCGACAACACAGCGGUCUGUGAGCGGUGCGAGCGGUUCGAGCCGCGCCAGUGGGCAGAGCGGGCAAACCGCCGAGAGUGCGAUCACGGCGUCGACUUCAAGUGUGAAUAACGACCACAGCCUUGCGGCGAGCCAGGCGAGCUUGGCAAGCAGCGUGCAAUAUCCUGGCGAGGAGGCCGAUGCGUACUUUGUGCGCAGUACCUACGCCCGUCUUGAUGCUGAGGGCGUGUACGGUGAUGGCUGGGAUGAGGGCGUGGAGCGCACCCGUGGUGGCAUGUCGCACUCGGCCUCGCGAGCGACAAUGGUCUUCCCAUCAGCCGGGGCAAUGGGCGACAGAGAACGCGCCUUCCUCUCCAAGCUCGACCGGUUUGGCUUCGUCAAUACGUCGACAAAGGACAGAAAUGAGGACCGUCUAGCGCUCAUCCCAGCAGCACCGCUGAAAAAGGUGCCAAAGCUCCGUGUACGUCCAUCACUACCUCAGCCCACAGCUCCACCGCCAAUUGAUCCGACGGCGGGCGGAGACGGUAAUACGCCAUCGCCUAGACUGCCGACCUCCGCGGGGCCAAGCGAGGCCGAACAAUCGAAGCACCGCGCGAAAGAACAGGAACGCGUGGAGAAGUGGAUGAAGAUGAUGAGCAUCAAGGAGCGCGACAGCGGCGGCAACAUCACCGGCUGGGGAUGGAGUGAGCGCGGUGAUGGCGCAAAGCACCCGACCCGCGUGUACAAGGGCAUCCCGGACAGAUGGCGCAUGGCGGCUUGGUGGACACUCGCCGAGGGCCGUGCUUCCAAGGCCUCGAGGAUGAGAAGCCAUGGCGACCUUCAGACAGACUACGUUGCGAGACGCGAGCUGCCGAGCACGUUCGACGUCCAGAUUGACCUCGACGUCCCGCGUACAAUCUCGGGUCACGCGCUGUUCAAGACGCGCUUUGGACGGGGUCAACGUUCGCUGUUCCACGUCCUCCAUGCGUUCUCUCAGGCGUGCGGAACCUGCGGCUACUGCCAGGGUAUGGGCAGUAUCGCUGCGACGCUACUCUGCUACUACGAGCCUGAGCGCACCUACACCCUCCUUGUUCGUCUCCAUGACUUAUACGACAUGCACGGCAUCUUCGCGCCCGGCUUCCCCGGCCUCCUCGAGACAUUCUACGUUCAAGAGCGACUUAUCGAGGCGACCAUGCCUGAUGUGUAUGCCAACUUCCAAAAACACAUGAUCUCCUCGACCGCAUGGGGCCCAAAGAUCUACAUUACAUUAUUUGUCAACACGAUCCCGUUCAACACCCAGCUGCGGAUAUGGGACGCGCUGUUCCUGGACGGGUACGACGUCAUGGUCUGCGCUGUUCUCGCCAUUCUAUGGGCGUACCGCGACCUGCUGGCGAGUCCCAAGGCGAGCUUCGAGUCCAUCCUGUCCCUCCUCAGCUCAUUCUAUGUCCCCGAGGACGAGGACGCGCUGCUGAACUGGAUGCGCCGCUUCCUGUGGGCUUCCGGUACGCGCGAGAGGAUCCAGUUCUGGCGAAGAGAGUGGCGCGGGUUGGUCGCGCAGGACAAGCAUCACGACCGGUUGUUUAAACGUGAGAAGCGUCAUCGCGACGAUGACGAUGAUGAUCGUGACAGGCAUGGCAGGUCACACCGGUACCGGGAAGAGCGGAGCGACCGCGACCGGGAGCGCGACCGUGAGCGUGGCCGUGAGCCCGACGAGCGCCGCCGCAGCGACCGUGACCGCGAUGACAGGGACCGACGCGAUGACCGCGACCGCCGGGACGAGCGCCGUUCUCGCCGACACGAUGAGGAAGACGAAGACGACGAGGAACGCGAGGAGCGGCGCCGCCGGCGCCGCGAGCGUGAGAGGGCGGAGCGGGGGGAUGACGAGCCCAGGCACCGAGACGAGCGCGACCGUGAGCGCCGGCGCGAGCGCGACGACAGGGACCGCAGCCGGGACCGCUCGCGCCGCGCGGACUCGCGUUCAUCGCGCGACGACAGGGACCGCCGCGAGCCGCGUGAGCCACGCGAGCGUGAGCGCACGUCGUCGCCCCGUGCGCGUAUCCGAGACAUGACGCGCGAGGAGAAGGAGCGCGAGCGCGAGCGCCGUGACAAGGAAAUGAUGGAGGAGCGCAGGGAGGCCGCGCGCCGCAACGGGUAUGACGACGAGCCCCGCCGCCGCCGCUCGCCCGACAGGGACCCGGUAAACCAGCUGCUGAAUGAUGUCGACUCGGAGGCGCGCUCAAUCUUUGUGUCCCAGCUCGCCGCAUCCCUCAACAGCAGCGACCUCGGCCUUUUCUUCGAGGACAAGCUCGGCCGCGGCGCGGUCCGCUACGCCCGCAUUCUCUCGGACAAGAGCUCGCGCCGUUCCAAGGGCAUUGGGUACGUUGAACUGGCGUCGGUGGAGCUUGUCAACAAGGCGCUAGCACUCAGCGGUACCGUCGUCAUGGGUAUCCCUAUUAGCAUCAACCUUACCGAGGCCGAGCGCAACCGCACUGGGCUUGACAUCCAUGCCCUCCUCGCCAGCAUGACGGGCGGCCGAGACCGCCGUGGAGGUGACCGCGACGGACCUCGUCGAUUCCGUUUCCCGCCGCUUAGCACUGGUCUUGCACUUCCGCAUGGCCUCGACCCUGACGCACACUCAGGUGCCUCGAUCCCGUACCACCGACUCUACAUUACCAACAUCUCUGACAGCCUGACCAAGGAUGACCUGCGACAGGUGUUUGAGCCGUUCGGCGAAGUCGAGUUUGUCGAUCUCCACACCGACUACUCUGGACAUUCAAAGGGUACGGCGUACGUGCAGUACCGUAAUCUGUCUUCAGCAGAGAUGGCGCUCGAUGCCCUGCAAGGUUUCGAUCUCGCCGGCCGCAAGAUUCGUGCCCAGACGGUCGAGGAGCGCCAGGCGAACCAAGACACGAUGAUCGAGGACUCGGGCCGCGGUGGUCGUCUCGACGCCGCUGGCCGCCAGCAGCUCAUGUACAAGCUUGCGCGUACCGAGAUGCCUGGUUCCACGACCACGUCGCGUCCGUCGGCGCCGGCCCCCGCGCCGAAGAACGCUCUCAUGCGCCCAACGCACUUCCUCAUCGUGAGCAACAUGUUCAACCCCGAUGAGGAGACGGAGCGCAACUGGGACCUCGACCUAGCCGAAGACGUCAAGGGCGAGGUCGAGUCCAAGUACGGCAACGUGUCGAGAGCCAAGGUCGACAAGAUGAGCCAGGGUGAUGUCUACCUUGAGUUUAAGGACAUUGACUCGGCCGAGCGCGCGCUGAAGGGACUGUCGGGCCGCUUCUUUGGCGGCAAGCGGCUCGAGGCGCAGUACAUUUCCGAGACGCUGUUCAAGGCCCAUCUGUGAGAGAGCGAGGAGCGAGGGGGCGAGCGAGCGAGCGCCGCGAAUGAGCAGUGCUGGUGCUGGUGAGUUGGUGCUUUCUGCGAUGGUCCAUCCUAGUUUGAGUGUUUUGUAGAUAAUGAUGCAUGCGUCGAGUUGGCCAAGA